AUGCCAACUCCGCAUGGAGACUCUACCCGCAGAAGGAGACGGGAAAGUGGUCAAGAGCCACCCGUAAUAGAUAUAUCCUCAGAUGACAAUGCCCUGAUGAAUCCGUCCAACGGCCAUAGUCGAUGGCAAAAUUCACCAACGCGGCAUCUGCGUCUGCGUGAAUACUCUCAGGCACAAGUGCAACAACACGGAAGAAAUCCGCUGCCCACAACAAGGAAUCACACGGGACAAGGUUCCGGAAAUCCAACAGUACUUACAGCAAUCACCUUAGAGGAGGACGACAGUGAUGAUGAUAUAGAGAUACUAUCCAUCAACACGACUCAUAGAACGCCACUGGCAUCAAAUACAGAUCAAAUAAACAGUCACGCAAGUCAGGCGCCAUAUAUCACUAACACUUUACAAGAGUCGGGAAACGGAGAUGAUGAUGUGGAAAUAACCAGCGUACGACAGAGCCAUACACCACCACAAGCUCACAUCGACACUCCUAUUGGACAUAUUGCCUACCAUCCUGAAUUUGAAUCGGUUUAUCCAAGUAACGAACAAAUUCACCCGAUGGACAAUCGGUAUCCAACCCGUAACGUCAGAAGGCGACUAGGACAUAUACCUAUGCCUCCCAAUGCGCGAGCGACGCGCCUGCAUACGCCUCGGAGUAACGUGGGUCAUCGAGGGGUACAAUUGCCAUCAUCACGGAGGGAGGCUCAGCAUUCUCGUGGUAAUAUGGCAUUGUCCACUGGUGGUGAUAGGAGACAAGGUGCGACCAGCAGUCGUCGUGGUGGACAGAAUCAACAUCGGCCCGUUAGAAGCUCAAGAAGUGGCUCCUCGUUAUCGCAUAGGCCUAUUCCUGAUUUCAUUAAUCGAAUCAAUUUUCACAUUCGAGUGCCUGAUCCACUGCAGCAUUUCUUUUUUUCCAAUUUGUUUGGCGUAGCUGACUUGCCACCAGACGUUCUCGAAAGCAAUAUAAUGCAAAGGAUAGAGGAAGAUAACAAUCGAGCGGUUGAUGCGAGGAGAGAAAGAGAAUCAAACUAUAAUCGGAAAUUUAUGGCAGAGAAGCAAAAGCUUGCUGAAGCAGAAAACGCCAAAGGAACGCAUACAAACAAAGUUGAUCCAAGUGAAGAUCUUGUAUGUGAGUUGUGCAGUGUCACUUUAGGAGAGGGGGCGCCUGAUGAUUUCAAAGGUAAUCCAAAAUACGAUUUGAAUUUUGCAAAAUAUGCUGAGCAAUACCAAACACAAGCACCAUGGUUUUGCGUAAAUCCAUUUACAGAUGCCGACCAUGAUUUGAGCAAGAGAAUAUUUGUAUCCAAGUGUGGACACACGUUUUGUGGAAGGUGCGUGAAGAAUAUAGCAGGGAGACCAACGAAAAAGCCAAAGGAUGCCCCACUGGGUUUUACAAUAAAAAAUCCUAGCAUAUACGCACCAACAAAAUGUCCUGCAAAGGAUUGUGGGAAAAAAUUUGUUUCCAAAGCAUUCACUGAGGUGUUUUUUUGA